GGGCGGCGGCGCGGGCCGAGCCGAGGGAGGAGGGGAAGGCGGAGGCGCGGGGAGCGUGUUUGGGGCGCCGCGGCGGGGAGGGUGGCGGCCGCCGGUGCGCGCGGGGCGCUGUGUGUGCACGCUCUCCCGCUCGGGGAGGAAGAUGGCCCAGAAGGGAAAGUUGGGGUGACGCGCGCUGCUCCCGGAGGCUCGGCGGGGGGCACCGCGGCGAGCCCGACGGAGCGGCGGCCACACAAGCCCGGGGGCGCGCAGUCCAGGCGCCGCCGCCGCCGCCGCCGCGCCCGCCCCCUCACUGCAGGUGGCAGCGGGUGCGCUGGGUCCGGGCGGCCCUGGGCUCGGGCGGGCGCGCGGGGAGACCCGGCCGAGGGAUGGGCUGCGCCCCUAGCAUCCAUGUCUCGCAGAGCGGCGUGAUCUACUGCCGGGACUCGGACGAGUCCAACUCGCCCCGCCAGACCACCAGUGUGUCGCAGGGCCCCGCGGCGCCCCUGCACGGCCUCUUCGUCCAGACCGACGCCGCCGACGCCAUCCCCCCGAGCCGUGCGUCGGGACCCCUGGGCGCUGUCCGCGUCCGCAGGGCCCGCGCGGAGCUGGGCAGCGGUAGCAGCGCGGGCUCCGCAACCCCGGCGGCGACCACCUGCAGGGGCCGGAGGCGUCAUUGCUGCAGCAGCGCCGAGGCGGAGACCCAGACCAGCUACACCAGCGUCAAGCAGGUGUCUUCUGCGGAGGUACGCAUUGGGCCCAUGAGACUGACCCAGGACCCUAUUCAGGUUUUGCUAAUCUUUGCAAAGGAAGAUAGCCAGAGUGAUGGCUUCUGGUGGGCCUGUGACAGAGCCGGUUACAGAUGCAACAUUGCUCGGACUCCAGAGUCGGCCCUUGAAUGCUUUCUAGAUAAGCACCAUGAAAUUAUUGUGAUUGAUCACAGACAAACUCGGAACUUUGAUGCAGAAUCAGUGUGCAGGUCGAUCCGGGCCACAAAUCCCUCCGAGCACACAGUGAUCCUCGCGGUGGUUUCACAAGCAUCUGAUGACCAUGAAGAGGCCUCGGUUCUUCCUCUUCUCCAUGCGGGCUUCAACCGGAGAUUUAUGGAGAAUAGCAGCAUAAUUGCUUGCUAUAAUGAACUGAUUCAAAUAGAACAUGGGGAAGUUCGCUCACAGUUCAAAUUACGGGCCUGUAAUUCAGUGUUUACAGCUUUAGACCACUGUCAUGAAGCCAUAGAAAUAACAAGCGAUGACCACGUGAUUCAGUACGUCAACCCAGCCUUUGAACGAAUGAUGGGCUAUCACAAAGGGGAGCUCCUGGGGAAAGAACUCGCCGACCUGCCUAAGAGCGAUAAGAACCGCGCAGACCUUCUGGACACCAUCAAUACCUGCAUCAAGAAGGGAAAGGAGUGGCAGGGGGUUUACUAUGCCAGACGGAAAUCCGGGGACAGCAUCCAACAGCAUGUGAAGAUCACCCCAGUGAUUGGCCAAGGAGGGAAAAUUAGGCAUUUUGUCUCCCUCAAGAAGCUGUGUUGUACCACUGACAAUAACAAGCAGAUUCACAAGAUUCAUCGUGAUUCAGGAGACAAUUCUCAGACAGAACCUCACUCAUUCAGGUAUAAGAACAGGAGGAAAGAGUCCAUUGAUGUGAAAUCCAUAUCAUCUCGAGGCAGUGAUGCACCAAGCUUGCAGAAUCGUCGCUAUCCAUCCAUGGCAAGGAUUCACUCCAUGACCAUUGAAGCUCCCAUCACAAAGGUUAUAAAUAUAAUCAAUGCAGCCCAAGAAAACAGUCCCGUCACAGUAGCAGAAGCCUUGGACAGAGUUCUAGAAAUUUUACGGACCACAGAAUUAUAUUCCCCUCAGCUGGGUACCAAAGAUGAAGAUCCUCAUACCAGUGAUCUUGUUGGAGGCCUAAUGACUGAUGGCUUGAGAAGAUUGUCAGGAAAUGAGUACGUGUUUACAAAGAAUGUGCACCAGAGUCACAGUCACCUCGCAAUGCCAAUAACCAUCAACGACGUUCCCCCUAGUAUUGCCCAAUUACUCGAUAAUGAGGAAAGUUGGGACUUCAACAUCUUUGAAUUGGAAGCGGUUACACACAAAAGGCCGUUGGUUUACCUGGGCUUAAAGGUCUUCUCGCGGUUUGGAGUAUGUGAAUUUUUAAACUGUUCUGAAACCACUCUUCGGGCCUGGCUCCAAGUGAUCGAAGCCAACUACCACUCCUCCAAUGCCUACCAUAACUCCACCCAUGCUGCAGACGUCCUGCAUGCCACGGCUUUCUUCCUGGGAAAGGAAAGAGUCAAGGGAAGCCUGGAUCAGCUGGAUGAGGUGGCAGCCCUGAUUGCUGCCACAGUUCAUGACGUGGAUCACCCAGGAAGGACCAACUCUUUCCUGUGCAAUGCGGGCAGUGAACUCGCUGUGCUCUACAAUGACACUGCAGUCUUGGAGAGUCACCAUACAGCCCUGGCCUUCCAGCUCACAGUCAAGGACACCAAGUGCAACAUUUUCAAGAACAUUGACAGGAACCAUUAUCGAACACUGCGCCAGGCUAUUAUUGACAUGGUUUUGGCAACAGAGAUGACAAAACACUUUGAACAUGUGAACAAAUUUGUGAACAGCAUCAACAAGCCAAUGGCGGCUGAGGUUGAGGGCAGCGACUGUGAAUGCAACCCUACUGGGAAGAACUUUCCAGAAAAUCAAAUCCUGAUCAAGCGCAUGAUGAUUAAGUGUGCUGAUGUGGCCAACCCAUGCCGCCCCUUGGACUUGUGCAUUGAAUGGGCCGGGAGGAUCUCCGAGGAAUAUUUUGCACAGACUGAUGAAGAGAAGAGACAGGGGCUGCCAGUGGUGAUGCCAGUGUUUGACCGGAACACCUGCAGCAUCCCCAAGUCCCAGAUCUCCUUCAUCGACUACUUCAUAACAGACAUGUUUGAUGCGUGGGAUGCCUUUGCACAUCUGCCGGCCCUGAUGCAGCACUUGGCGGAUAACUACAAACACUGGAAGACAUUAGAUGACCUAAAGUGCAAAAGUCUGAGGCUUCCCUCUGACAGCUAAAGCCAAGCCAGAGUAGGGGACCUCUUGAUCUACAAAGGGCACUGUGAAUCACAGUAGUAUAAACAAGAGGCUCUCCUUUACAAUUAUAAUGACAGGUAUUGGUUAAAGAGCAAAUGUUUAAUAUUUGACCCUGAAUCACGCAAGUCCCAAAAUUUCAUUUUUAGAAAAUUAUGUUCCAUGAAAAUAAUAUAUAUGUUCUUUUGAAUGAUCACUUAGUGACAGAACAAAUAUUUGGCAAACUUCUUUGCUGUGCCAUCAUCCUGUGAAGCCUUGUGGAGCUGAUUCACGGUAACUAGCAGGACACGAGAAGCAAAGACCCUGGCACCUAUGAGCCCAUCCCCUGGAUGGUGGCCAAGUAGCUUAGCUAGUGUUCAGCUCAUCUCUUGACUACAAAAGUCACCAACAUUCGUUAGCUUGACCAUUUUCCUCAAGAAAAGGAUUCAUAAGAAGCUUAUCUGAAUAGGUAUCUAAGAAAAAAGCUGCAUAAAAUGAGCAAAACAACUAGGACCAAAUUAUUGAUAAAGCUUCACAGCUUUUAUGGCUAGGUGGAUCUUCUGGGUUGAUGGUAUGACACCCCAGUUAGGAUGCUGCCUUGGCCUGGUGUGUGCCCCUCUGGAUGAGGAUCGGCAGCCUGUGUCACCCUCCUUCCUGUGAAAGGAAUUCAUCUUAACAGAAAGCCAUCCAUGAUUGGGGAGGAAGUGGCACUGUACUUGGGGGGAAUCCAUGAGCUUCCCUUACUUACGGCUCACAGGGGCAGCCACACGGCACUACACUGAGUAUUAAUAUAAAAGCCAUUAAAUCUGAAUGCCCUUGGACAAGCUUUUUUUAAAAAAGAAAAAUUUAUAUACAUUUGCUGUUAAAAAUUUUUAUUAAAACAAACUAAAUUUUCUGGGUCUAGGCCCAUGGCAUUUGUCGUGCCGUGCACCACCUACACAUAUAUAUUUGGGGAGGGGAUGGGGAAGUUUCAAGGUUCAGAUAUUUUUAACUUAUCUAUAUUUGAGAUCAUGCCAUUUGCUUUAAUGAUAUAAAAAAGGGAUUGCAAGAUGUGUAAAUAUACCACAAAAUAGGCAUAUGGAGAGGCAGUAAAUACUAUUUUAAGCUAUUAACUGUACGCUAAAAGCUUCUAAAGCACAAGUGCAUAUUUUUAUACAGCUCUUUUCACAUGAAGUCAGACUUGAGAUUUUCCUUUCUUUACCAGCCAACACUUCUCUGUGUAUAUGAACAUUAGAAGCUCAGCAAAAUGUCUUAGUUUUUCUUUCUUUGUACUCCAUGCUGCAUUCUAAGAGGUAUAAACACAGACUGAAUUAAUUGAAUCACUAAUUACUUUGAACACUCAAAACUGGUACAUGGGAAGAAAAAAAAUGACUUAUCACUACUUAAUGUGCCAAUGUUUUUUUCUAUGUUUUGUACCAAAAAUGGAAACAUAUACGACAAUUCCAUGUGACAAAAUGUAUCUAAAUUAUUUUUGUUAGAUGAUAAGAGAACUUGCUUGGUCAGGAUGGCAGCCAGCUUUGUAUUGUAAUGCUGCAUUAUGUAAAUGUGAUGAAAUGUUUUUGUGAAGUACUUGUAACUAAAUUCCUACAGCCAUUUUUCAUUCCCAACAGCUGUUCUUAUUUUACCUCUUUGGCCUAAAUUUUUCAUAAUUUCAAA